GGACUCCUCUCUGCCGACUUGUUCCCAUCUCCCACAGUCAUGGCGGUGUCGGGGAGUCGCGGAGAUGGAGUAAACAGCACCGCUACCACGUCUUGAUUGUUUAUUCCCCUCCCCGCCCCCAGCUCCCUCUUACAGCCUCUCGCAGGAUAGUCACCUGCUGCCCUUCGAGCUCAACAGAUCCACCCCGCUGGCUGCGGAGCCUCCGAAGAUGACCGACCGCGGCGUUGAUCUGUCGACUCUGCCGAAAGAGGUCAGGGACCAGCUGGCGGAGCUGGACCUGGAGCUGUCCGAAGGUGACAUCACUCAGAAGGGCUACGAGAAGAAGAGGACUAAACUCCUGGCUCCCUACAUAAUCCAAACUCCAGUGGCGCCCCCUCAGAAUGAUGCACAGCCCCCUGCUCCCAGUUCGUCCAGCCACGCCCCUGCUCCGGCCCCCGCCAACUCAUCCCGGUACCGUGAACGCCGCUCUCGCCGGACGCAUCGUAACGGAGGAACCAGGGAUGACCGCUACAGAUCAGAUAUCCAUACAGAGGCUGUCCAAGCUGCACUGGCUAAAAACAAAGAGGAAAAAAUGGCGCUUCCAAUGCCAACCAAGCGGCGCUCCACUUAUGUGCAGUCCCCCAUUGAAACCCGGACCCCACCAGAUUCCUCAUCAGGGUCUGAAGAUGAGACAUCUGCACGCAGACAGUCUUCAGCGGUCGCUCCUCAGCCUCAAGUCCAUCCCAACCUGCAGAGCUCGGACUACUGGAUGAACCGCUCCGCCCAGGGCUCCUCCACCUCAUCCUCCGCGUCCUCCACGAUGUCGCACGGUGAGGCCAAACCUCAGGCGCAGAGCCAGCCUCAGCCUCAGUACAAGCCGCAGUACCAGCCGCUGUAUCAGCCUCACCAUCAACCCCAGCAGCAACCUCAGCAACAACCUCACCGCCAGCCUCAGGAGCAGAGCCGCACUGCAGCCGUGACGGACAUGCUGGCUCACAGUCGCAUUGCUCCUUCUGAGAACUCCGCCCCUCCUCCAGAUGUGACGGCUGUGGCCCCCCCUUCCAGAGGCCCCCGGGUGGACCUGCCCUCCAACGCCGUCGUCCGAGGGAUGAGCCGCGGGCACAGCCGCUCCAGCAUGAUGGAGACCGCUGAUGGGAGAACUAAUAUGCAGAGAGUUCCUGUGAGCAGCAGAGUUUCCACAAAGAUCCAGCAGCUGUUAAACACUCUGAAGAGGCCUAAGAGACCCCCACUCAGUGAGUUCUUCACUGAUGACUCUGAGGAGAUCGUCCAAGUGCCCCAGCCGGACCCCAACACUCCCAGGCCGGAGGGCCGUCAGAUCAUCCCGGUGAAAGGGGAGCCUCUGGGAGUGGUCAGCAACUGGCCACCAGCCCUGCAGGCAGCGUUAGCUCGCUGGGGGGCCACUCAGGGAAAGAGCCCCGCUCUCACUGCUCUGGACAUCACGGGCAAACCUCUCUAUACCCUGACUUAUGGGAAGCUGUGGAGUCGCAGUGUGAAGCUGGCGUACACACUCCUAAACAAGCUGGGCACCAAGAACGAGCAAAUCCUCAAACCUGGAGACAAAGUGGCGCUGGUGUAUCCAAACAGCGACCCAGGAAUGUUCUGGGUGGCCUUCUACGGCUGCCUCCUGGCUGAAGUCAUACCUGUACCUAUUGAGGUACCGCUGUCUCGCAAGGAUGCAGGUAUCAGCCAGGUGGGCUUCCUGCUCGGCAGCUGUGGAGUCGGUCUGGCUCUGACGAGUGAGAUCUGCCUAAAAGGUCUGCCAAAGACCCCCACUGGUGAAAUACUGCAAUUCAAAGGUUGGCCUCGAAUGAAGUGGGUGAUAACAGACUCUAAAUACCUGACCAAGCCAUCCAAAGACUGGCAGCCGCACAUCCCCACAGCUAACACUGAUCCUGCAUACAUCGAGUACAAGGCCAGUAAAGAGGGCACGGUGGUUGGGGUGGCCGUCUCUAAAGUGGCCAUGCUGACCCACUGUCAAGCGCUGACCCAGGCCUGCAACUACUGCGAGGGGGAAACUUUAGUGAAUGUCCUGGACUUCAAAAAGGACAUGGGCUUAUGGCACGGUGUUCUCACUGCUGUAAUGAACAGGAUACACACCAUCAGUGUUCCCUACGCCGUAAUGAAAGCUUGUCCUCUCUCCUGGGUGCAGAGGGUCCACAUGAAUAAAGCUCGUGUAGCUUUGGUAAAGUGCCGUGAUCUGCACUGGGCCAUGAUGGCUCAUCGGGACCAGAGAGAUAUCAGCCUGGCUUCACUACGAAUGCUCAUUGUUGCUGAUGGUGCUAACCCCUGGUCUGUCUCUUCCUGUGAUGCCUUCUUGAAUCUGUUUCAGUCACAUGGGCUAAAGCCUGAAGUUAUCUGCCCCUGUGCCGCCUCCCCUGAGGCCAUGACAGUAGCUAUCCGCAGGCCGGGCGUCCCAGGUGCACCUCUCCCCGCACGGGCCAUCCUUUCCAUGGGCGGCCUGAGUUAUGGGGUCAUCCGGGUCAACACCGAGGACAAGAACUCUGCCUUGACCGUACAAGAUGUAGGACACGUCAUGCCUGGGGCUCUGAUGUGUAUAGUUAGGCCAGACGGGCCUCCUCAGUUGUGUAAAACCGAUGAGAUAGGAGAGAUAAUAAUCAACUCCCGUGCUGGAGGCACGAUGUACUACGGCCUGCCUGGACUCACCAAAAACACUUUUGAGGUGAUACCGGUUAAUGCUAAUGGAGUUCCUAUUGGAGAGAUUCCAUUUGUGCGGUCAGGACUCCUGGGGUUUGUUGGCCCAGGCAGUUUGAUCUUUGUUGUGGGGAAGAUAGAAGGCUUACUGAUGGUGAGCAGCCGUAGGCACAACGCUGACGACCUGGUGGCCACCGCUCUGGCUGUGGAGCCGGUUAAGACGGUGUACCGUGGAAGGAUCGCGGUGUUUUCAGUCACCGUGUUCUAUGAUGAGAGGGUCGUAAUUGUCGCAGAGCAAAGGCCAGACGCCAGCGAGGAGGACAGCUUCCAGUGGAUGAGCAGAGUACUUCAGGCAAUCGACAGCAUCCACCAGGUUGGCCUUUACUGUCUGGCUCUGGUCUCGGCCAACACCUUGCCCAAAACACCCCUCGGCGGUAUCCACAUCUCCGACACCAAGCAGUUCUUCUUGGAUGGGAACUUGCACCCCUGCAACAUCCUGAUGUGCCCCCAUACGUGUGUCACCAACCUGCCGAAGCCCCGCCAGAAGCAGCCGGUCGGUGUCGGUCCUGCAUCCGUCAUGGUGGGGAACCUGGUGGCGGGGAAGCGGAUCGCUCAGGCUGUAGGGAGGGAUCUCGGCAUGAUCGAAGACCAGGAUCUGGUCCGAAAGCUCUGUAUGUGGCCCACUGUGAUGCAUCAGUAUUUGACUGAAGCUCUUCAAUGGAGGGCCCAGACUGACCCAGACCAUGUUCUCUAUGUUCUCCUUAAUGCAAAGGGUGUGACAGUUGGGACAGCGACCUGCGUUCAGCUUCACAAGAGAGCAGAGAAGAUAGCAGCUGCCCUUUCUGAGAAAAGCAGCAUCAACACCGGGGAGAAUGUGGUGCUGCUCUAUCCUCCUGGGAUCGAUUUGAUCGCGGCCUUCUAUGGCUGUCUCUACGCUGGCUGUGUUCCGGUCAACGUCAGGCCUCCGCACCCGCAGAACCUGGCAGCCACUCUACCGACUGUUCGGAUGAUCAUUGAUGUCAGCAAAGCUGCGUGCAUCCUCACCACGCAGAACCUCAUGAGGAUCCUGCGUUCCAAAGAGGCUGCAGCAUCUGUUAACAUCAAAACCUGGCCAACCAUCAUUGAUACGGAUGACCUCCCUCGCCGACGCCCUCCACAGAUCUACAAACCUCCCACAGCAGAGAUGAUUGCUUAUCUGGACUUCAGCGUCUCCACUACAGGCAUGCUCACUGGCGUCAAGAUCUCUCAUGCAGCAGUCAGUGCCCUUUGUCGCUCCAUAAAGCUUCAGUGUGAACUUUACUCUUCUCGCCAAAUUGCCAUCUGUCUGGAUCCUUACUGUGGUCUGGGCUUCGUCUUGUGGUGCCUUGCAAGUGUUUAUUCUGGCCACCAGUCAAUCCUUAUCCCUCCCUUUGAGCUGGAGAGCAGUGUGUCUCUGUGGCUGAGCACGCUCAGUCAGUACCGCAUUAGGGACACAUUCUGCUCCUACUCCGUUAUGGAGCUGUGCACUAAAGGACUGGGCACGCAGACUGACUUACUGAAGGCCCGCGGGGUGAACCUGUCGUGUGUGCGGAGCUGCGUUGUGAUAGCAGAGGAGCGUCCUCGUCUCACCCUCUCCCAGUCCUUCUCCAAGCUGUUUAAGGACGUUGGUCUGUCGUCCAGGGCUGUCAGCACUGCUUUUGGCUCCAGAGUUAACCUUGCUAUCUGCCUGCAGGGAACCACAGGCCCUGAUCCCUGCACGGUGUAUGUGGACAUGAAGUCUUUACGUCAUGAUAGAGUGAGGCUGGUGGAGAGAGGAGCACCUCAGAGUCUUCCUCUGAUGGAGUCUGGCAAGAUCCUGCCAGGCGUCAGGGUGAUCAUUGUGAACCCAGAGACGAAAGGUCCACUUGGUGAUUCUCAUCUGGGGGAGGUCUGGGUGAACAGCCCCCAUAAUGCCAGCGGUUACUACACCAUCUACGGUGAGGAGAGUCUUCAGGCCGACCACUUCAACACCAAGCUCAGCUUUGGAGACCCGCACACUUUGUGGGCCAGAACUGGAUACUUGGGAUUCGUGAAGAGGACAGAGCUGCUGGAUGCAAGUGGAGAUCGGCAUGACGCUCUUUUUGUGGUUGGCUCACUGGACGAGACGCUAGAGUUACGAGGGUUACGCUACCACCCUACUGACAUCGAAACAUCCGUGUCACGAGCUCACCGGAGUAUAGCUGAGAGUGCUGUGUUUACAUGGACCAACCUGCUGGUGGUGGUGUCGGAGCUGUGCGGCUCGGAGCAGGACGCGCUGGACCUCGUUCCCCUCAUCACAAACGUGGUGCUGGAGGAGCACCACCUCAUCGUGGGCGUGGUGGUGAUCGUCGACCCGGGCGUCAUACCCAUCAACUCCAGGGGAGAGAAGCAGCGCAUGCACCUGCGUGACUCGUUCCUCGCCGACCAGCUGGAUCCCAUCUAUGUUGCAUACAACAUGUGAGGGGCUUGUGGCCAUCAGGGUGUGAUCUCUGGAUGCGUCUUCUGCAGUGUCGCGCUAAUGACCGGGCUCGAUGGAGUGUGUGUGUGUGUGUGAGGGGGUGUGCGUGAGUAUGUGGCGAGCAGAAAAGCAUGAAGCACGUGUACAGACACGCAGCCAUGUGUGACACCAGCAUAUCUACACCACUGCAUGUCUGUGUUUGGGGUUGAACACUGUGUUUUUUCUAUGAACAUAAAAUCAUGCAGACAAGGCAGUUAACGUACACCGUGAGAUGAAAAGCAAAGUCUCUGAUGCACUUUUUUUUGUGUAGAAAUGACAAAAUAAGACAGCAGGUAAAUUUUGAUAACAAAAACUGUCGUCCUGUCUUGGUGAAAGUCUGUCCUCUUCAUGUCCACACAGAGCUACUAAUCUCAACACAGCUUGAAGUAUUUUUGUACGUGCAACUUUCAAGCAAGCUCACCCACAAAGGCAUGUCCUGUGCCCCUUCAUUUCAUUUCUUAGCAACGUGGAUAAGUAAGAGGACAAGCCAUGAAGACAGACCUCUGUCUCAGCCAGUGUGCAAACUUAGAAAUCUAUUCCCCUACUUUUAUCGAAACCAAAUAGAUAAUUCCUGCUUUGAUAUAUUUCCUGCCUUACAAAACUUCAGCCAUACAUUCCUAUCUUAACUUUUAAUAAAAUUGCUAUUAAUGGCUUUCAGAUUCUUCCUUAACAGGUGGAGCAAAAGUUCUGACAAAUAUCCAAAAGGGAUGAUAACAAAACAAGAGCCCAUACUCUGUACUGUAACAAAAAAAGGGUCUCUUUGUAUUUUCGAUACUGUAUGUCACUGUAUAGAUAUUUUUAUUUGUAUAAAUGUAUAAUUGUUUUGUUCACCUCUCUCAGCUGCUCCUUUCUGAAUAAGUAACUUAGCUGGGAGGCUGUAACAGUAGCAGGAAGAAGACUGUAAAUAGGAUUUAACAGUUAAAAGUACUUUUAUUUGGGAAUAUUAGCUAUAUAUGGGACGGGAAGAUAAAUAACUUUAAAUCAUUAUGUAUCGGUAUGGCUAUAACGUUGCACUUUUUGAAGAAAAAAAAAAGAUCUAUUUUAUUAUAAUAAUGAGGCAUUAUGAGCAUAUGGUUCAGGAGCACGUUAUUCUGAGCAGAAUAAUCCAUGUUUACUGGGAGGGCUAUCACUGUUAAUGCAGGAACUUUCCCCGUUAGUGUCUGUAAGGAAGGCUGCAGAACUAAUAAUAUGACUGUUUUCAGGCAGACGGGUUACUUUGUGGAAAACAAAAAAGUAUAAAAAAUGAUGUCCACUUCUGUUCAUCCCACAUCCAUGGCCACCAUGCUGCCAAACAGGUAUGAACCUCUCAGUUGUGUAAAACAUUGUGGAGCGAUAAUAAGUUCAAACUAAGUUCCUCUCAGCAUUCAAAAGCUCAAACUUUUUUUUUUUUUAUGUGUUGGUGUUUGUGCAACUUUUUGUAUAUAAUUGAAUUCUCAAAGCAAUGUUGUUUGUACUGUAACAGGCAGAAAGUUGUCAACGUGUCAUAAAUUAUUUUCUGUAUCGAGUCACUGGAAUAUUUAAGCACUUGUGAAUGCAGCUGCAGGCUGAGCCACAUGCAAGGUGCCAUCCAGAGGGAAAUAAAAAACACCUGACAGAGAUGAGCAUAAAAAUACUGCAUCUCAUCAAAAUGUUCUGUUCAGAAGUUUACAUCCACUCAUGGUGAGUGUGAGCAUCAUGUUAAUUUGGGGUUUGUUAAGUGAUUGUACCACAAAGAUCUUUAAUGACUUAAUAAGCCAGAACUGAGCGUGAACUUUCCCUUAACUACACAGGAUCAAAGUAAUAAGAUAAGCUUAUAUAUACUCAUACAGCCCCAGUAUUUGAUCUGGUGUCCUUUACAAACUUACAAGAAAAAUCUAUAAAAAUGCAAACUUGUGCAUUUGUUUCGUAUAAUCAUGUAACCCCAAAAAGAGAACAGCUGAGAUCGAAUUAUUUCAAAAAUUUAUAUACAAGAUAAGUAUGUAAACAUUUGACCAGCAAUCACGUGCUUUCCUUGUGCUUUAUCAUUUAAAGACUAUAUAAUGACUUGCACAAUGUUUCAGUGAUGAAACCUUUGUUUCAGCCUAGAAUUUUUCUUAAUUUUUUCUGGCUUUGCCGUUGCCCCAUUUGACCAUUUAAACAAGUCAAGCCCAAUUUUGGAGAGAUUUGCAAACCUCAACAGUAAUCACAAACAUCAAAAUAAUGCACUUUGCACUGUUUAAUAGUUUUUGCCACAUCCUGCUUCACAUAAAACAGUGCCCUAUUUUAACAACAUAGGGUCCAACAGUACUUCAUCUUAGCUUUAACCCAUAGCUGCAGCAGAAUGUUGGCAUGACUCGGCCGCGAAGGGACUGGCUCGGGGUACAUCUUAUUUUUGACAUAGUAGAAGAGAUAAACAGGUAUGAAACUGUAACUUCAGGGAGUAAAACUGGUAAAACAGGACUGGACCUGGUGAUCCAACAAGUAUGAAAGAGCGGGAUCCAUAAACUGGAUAUUUGACAAGAAUGAGUCUCUGCAAAUUAUCAGAGACCUGAAGCGACAACCAGAAUCCAUCUACCUGCUUUGCUGGGAAGUCUACAAGGGCUUCUUCUGGUUCUUACUCUUUUUUUCCAACUUCAGAUUUCUUACACUAUGCAAUCCUAAUGAUGGUGCAAUUUAAUUUCAAAGCUUGCACAGUAUGGAAAAAUAAACAUGAUGCUAAUUUUUUAAAGACUAAGAAAAACUGAUCAAUUCUACCCAGUAGUGUACUUAAGAUUGCAUUGAUCUCUACUGAGUUGUCAAUAUUUUGUGUAUGCACUCUAAAUAUGUUGUAUAUUAAUUACUGUGUGAAAUCUACAUUUGCUUCAAGAGGGUGUAAUCCACUGUCUAUGGAGGUGUUUUAACUCAAUAUGUUAAAUAUUAAGUGAUACACCCUUUACCAUUUUGCUUUCUACCAUUAUGGUUUGUUGUACUUUGUUUUAUACUUAAUGUAUAAGUAAAUCAGAAUAAACCGAAACAUUUAAUCAUA